UCUUACAGAUCAACUAAUGGAAAAUUUUCAGCCAAUUUAUUAAGUUGAACCUACAUUGAAACUAUAAAUGAAUUCUAGAUAUUGGAUUGAUGGUGAUUUAUCAGAAUUGAUACGUGUUGUGGUGUAGGUAAUCUCAAGGAAUUGAAUUGAUUAAUUGAUGUGGUAAACCAAUUGGUAAUUAGGGCAUUGAAUCAGAUGGUGUAAAAUGAUUUUGAUGAUUGAUUGUCACAUAGAAGUUAACGUUACUGCUGAAUAUUCAGGGCAUCGCCGCAUUGGAAAUCUCACAUGUUGUUGAAAAUAAUACCUAAAUAUUUGGAUUCUUCAGCUUUGAGUCUCAUCAUGCUUAGUUGAAAGAUUUUCCAGUCUCCCAAAGACCCUAAAAAUGCAGAGAGACAUGAGUUCAAUUUUGCUUCUGAUCUGGUUGUUUUAUGCUGCAGUAUAUGCUCCAUCUUUCACAGCUUGUUUGGAUGGUGAUUUAUCAGAAUCUGGAGCUUUUCUCAGUUUCAUCAGAGCUAUUGAUCCACAAGACAUUCUCGGGAUUGGCACGAACGAAUCGAUGCUACGCCUGCAGUUGAAUAAGGUGAAGGGUGUAAAAUAUGGGCAUCAGGGGUCUAUUGUUGAAAUCAGGCUUGAGAACUUGAACCUCAGUGGAAGAAUUGAUGCAGAUUCUGUCUGCAAUCUAUCUCGUCUUAGAGUUCUUAACCUGGCUAAGAACAACAUUCAAGGAAACAUUCCUGAUUCAAUUGUGCAUUGUACAAGGCUCACCCACUUGAAUCUCAGCAACAACAAUUUGAGUGGGGAGGUACCUUUUAGUCUGCCUAAACUCAAAAAUCUCAGGAGAAUAGACAUUUCUAACAAUCUCUUUACUACUGUCUCGCCUCAAUUCAAGGAGUUCAAACAUAAGAAGUCUCUAAGAUCAUGGAUGGCUCUGCGGGACACAAUCCCGUCGAGCUCACAAAGCAGCAUGUCUGAUAGCGGUGGGGUAGCACACUGGCUUCACCAUAAAGGGAUAAUAUUAUUGGUAAUCCUUAUUGUCUGUACUGUAACUUGUUUGAUAUUUUCAUUCCUAGUAUGCAAGAGGGCUUCAAAGUUGGCGCUUAAAAAGGAGAUGUCUAAGAAGACCCUUCAGAAGUCUCCUCCUAUUGUUGUUCUUUCAAACGUGUCUAGUGAGGUAGAGCGACCAGAUGAAGCCCUUCGAGAGCUCGUGUUCUUUAAUGAAGAAGAUGAACGGUUCAAAGUGGAGGACCUCCUUGAAGCAACAGCAGAUUUACAAAGUCUGAAUAUCUGCACCAGUCUUUUCAAGGUUAGGUUAAAGAGCCAAUAUUAUGCUGUCAAAACAUUGAGGAAAAUGCAGAUAAACUUUGAUGAAUUUCGUAAAACCAUGAGACUAGUAGGAAACUUGCGGCACCCAAACAUUUUGCCGCUUGUGGGUUAUUAUUCUGCAAAUGACGAGAAACUACUGAUCUACAAGUACCAGAGAAAGGGAAGUCUGCAUGAACUUCUUGAAAGCUGUAUUGAAGGAAAGCAAGCAUUCCCAUGGAGGAUUAGAUUAUCCAUAGCUAGUGGAAUAGCAAAGGGUUUGGGAUUUAUAUACCAAAGAUCAAAUGCAGAAGCCUCAAUUCCGCAUGGGAAUCUAAAACUUUCGAACAUUCUCUUAAACGAAAACAACGAGCCACAAAUCAGCGAAUACGGGAUCACAAACUUCCUAGACCAGAAGCAAGCUCGUCUUCUUUCCUCAAAGGGGUAUACAGCCCCAGAGAAGAAACUAUCCGAGAAAGCUGACGUAUAUAGCUUCGGAAUCAUAUUGCUCGAGUUAUUAACAGGAAAAAUGGUAACAAAAGAUGGGAUCAAUCUCUCCAAGUGGGUAAGAGCCAAGGUAAGAGAAGAGUGGACAUGUGAAGUGUUUGAUGAGGAAGUCGCUCGAAAUGCCGGAAAAUGGGCGUUUUCUGUUCUGCUUAUUGCCUUAGAUUGUGUCUCUAAUUACCCUGAAGAAAGGCCAAGCAUGGCUGAGGCUCAGGAAAAGAUACAGGAGGUGGUUAAGACAGUGGAGGAUCAUGAACUACGCAUUUCGCCAUUGUCUUCUGAUUUUGGCUCUCCUGAGGCUAUUCGCUAGUACUACCACACACACACAUAUCCAGGUAUGUUCUUUUCUUCAAACCAAGGCCAUUUGAAAUGGUGGGAUUUGAACUGUUGCUUGUGUUAAUUAAUCUCUGUUAGUUGGAUUGUUAGCAUAGAAGAGUUUGCACUUGAUAGCAUUGUUUCCUUAGUGUCUUUGUCAUAUGUAUUAUAUGUGAUGAUAGGUUUAGAGGUUUAUGAAUACUUAAAAGUUUUGCGAUGUUAUUCCUUUCAUCUUUGUUCUUAU